UAGAGAGAAUGUCACGCGUGCUUGGGUGUACUUUUACAAGGUCUAUAAUACAAGAAGCUCUUUUAAGAGCUAAUUUGGACGAAAAUGUUGCCAUAAAUUUGCUGUUGGAUAAUCAAGUUGAAGUUGCCACGUCUACCCAAGUCGAUUCCUUGAAAGAAGUUGGCAUGAAGUCUUCUUUAGACUUUGAAUAUUCCCAAAACCUCAACUCUUACCCAGAGAAUUCCAACCGUGAGUUUUUGGUAUCAGAUAGUGAUAGUUCAGAUGACGAAGUCGUUAUUGUUGACGCUUGGCCAAAGAGGUUGGGAGAAUUAACUAUAAACGGGUUUCUUACCAUAAAUUGCAAUACCACGCUUUCUAUUGGUAGUUUCGUUAGCUUUGGAGCAAAGUUACCUGUACUUGGAAGCUUCUCAACGGGUAAUGGAAAAUUACUUCAUCUCCACGAUAAAGGAAGAGCUAUUGUACGUAUUUAUUUUAGAGAUUUGGAAAUUGGACGCGUCUUGGGCGAGAUUUCUAGUUAUUUGGCUCCUUUACUUGCUGCAGGGUUUAUUCGUGUUUGUGGACGCGUUUUAAGCUUGCCAACUUCUUUAAGACGAAAUGAACAUCUGAUGAUACGGACUUCUAUAUAUGUCCAUCGGGCGGCUUUUGAAGACCAUCAAACAAAAGAGAGUGCAGAUUUACACCAAUGUCUUAUUGAGCUAUUGUUUACAUUAAGACUUUACUCAUUGGAAGGGUCUCUUGGUUUGAAUGUUUCCAAUCACCCCAAACUUGAGACCCUCACGUCAUCUUCUCGUCAUAGGAAAGGAUGGAUAACUCAGUUACGACCGUAUCAGGAAUUUGCUGUGAAGUGGAUGAUGAAUAGAGAGAGUUCAGAUUCACAGCAAGCUUUUUCGGACCCUAUGUGGGAACAAGUUGAAACUGGAGAAGGUUUUAGUUUCUUUAUGAAUAGAACGCUUUCACGUGUUUCUCUUACCAAACCAACUUCCGAUUCCAUAGUUCGUGGUGGCAUUCUUGCUGAUGAAAUGGGUUUAGGAAAAACUGUGGAAUCUUUAGCUUUGAUCGCUGAAAGUUCACCUAUCGAUGAGGAACGGAGAAGGCAAGGAAUAAAUGGAACACUGAUUGUAGUGCCAUUGAGUCUUUUGAAUCAGUGGUUGGAGGAACUAUAUACUCACAUGGAAGAGAACACUUUUGAAAUUUUAACCUUUUAUGGAUCUACAAAAAGCCAAUUUCAGUGCAAUAUUGUAAAGUAUGACAUCGUACUAACAACAUACGGGACUCUUUGUGCUGAAUUUAGAGAGAAAAAGAGAUUCACAAGUCCUCUGUAUACCUGUGAAUGGUAUCGAGUCAUUCUUGACGAAGCGCAUAUUAUCAAAGAUCGAAAUACUCAAACAGCUAAAGCUUGUUUUGCUUUGAAUUCAGAACGUCGUUGGCUUCUGACAGGAACUCCUAUUCAAAAUUCGUUGGAUGACUUUUUUUCAUUUGUUCAUUUCUUAAAGGUAUAUCCUUAUGCAGAAUACAAGUUCUGGGUUCGACAUAUUUUGAAGCCACAUUCUUACAAACCAAACAGUUUGGAACGUAAAAGGGCAGAAUAUGCCAUUCAUUCUCUUAUUCAUUCUUUUCUUCUUCGGCGAACGAAAAGAACACCUGGAGAGGAUGGAAUGCCUAUAGUGUCACUUCCCGAACGCAGAGUGGAAAUUAUGCGACUAGAGCCUUUUGAGGAAGAGAGGAAUAUAUAUUUAUCUCUUUAUGCACAUUCCAAGUCAACCUUUGAGAUGCUUGUAUCAGAGAAUCGCCUUUUGGCAAAUUUUGCAACAGUACUCGAACUUGUAUUACGAUUGAGACAGUGUUGUGAUCAUCCAGAUCUUGUAUUAAACUCCUCGACUGUACGUUUAGUGGACUUGAGCAGUGCAGAUAAAUUUGCAGAUACGAUACAGCGCAUUUUCUUUCAUUCAGACAAUGCAAAUUCAUCUCAAAGCUCAGAAUAUCUUUCUACAGUUGUUGAACGUCUCAAAGAAACAUUCUCAAAGGGAGAUAAUUUAGAGUGUCCUAUUUGUUUGGAUAUGGUUGAUGACGGUGUGAUGUUUUGUUCUUGUGGUCAUGUAACUUGCAAGGAAUGUGUUCUUGCAAUGUUGCAACGAAGAAAUACUAUUCCUUGUCCUUUGUGUCGUGUUCCCGUGACAAAAAAUGUUAUUAUUCCUUUGCCAAUGAAGAACAGUUCAUCCACAGAUGUUCACCAAGAUCUUUGUGCCUGGCAAAGAAGCUCCAAAUUGGUGGCUUUAGUGAAGGAAUUGAAAGCGAUUGAACGUUGUCGAAUAGGACUUGGUUACUAUGAAGGACUCACAACUGUUGGAAAAACAGUUGUAUUUUCUCAAUGGACAAGAUGUUUGGAUAUCGUAGAAGCAGCAUUACGAGAUAAUGGUCUGCUUUAUAUGCGACUGGAUGGAAAGUUAAGUUCCCAGGAAAGGUCAAAGGUUUUAGCUAGCUUUCGAUCGGAGCCCUCAGACGCCAUAAAGUGUGCGAAUAUUUUGCUUGUUUCUCUGAAAGCUGGUGGUGUUGGUUUGAAUCUUACCGCCGCAAGUCAGGUAUUUCUUAUAGAUCCCUGGUGGAAUCCUGCAGUUGAAGAACAAGCUAUUGAUAGAGUCCAUAGGAUUGGACAGACUAGAACUGUGAUAGUAAAAAGACUUAUCAUAGCUCAGACCAUUGAAGAAAAUCUACUACUAGUCCAAGAGAGAAAGAAACUGAUUGCCGAUUCUAUGUUGGGAUCGACCGGUUCUACUAAAGAUAGAAAACAAAUAACGGUUGAAGACCUCACUUUACUUUUUAAAAACUAGCCUCAGUACUAUUUGGAAUGGAAUCACUAUGUAUACCUUUGAAAUUGAUUUUUGAAGCAGCUAAACUUGCAUAUAUGACUAUAAUCUUGGCAAGAUGAAACUAACUUUUGGCAGUGUGGUAUUGUUGACAAUGUUAAUAUCGUUAUUUUUUAAUUCUCACGAGGAGACUUGAGUACUUGUCGCAACAUGUAAUAUAUGCUCCGUUCACUUUUCAAUCCCCGAUUGAAGAGAGUCAUUUGGUUUUUCCUCAUGUAUUCAUUUUUAUGCUUUUUCUGCUGAUGGGUUGGAAGGAGUCUACGAAUGUGAUAGUAUGGAGUAUGAACCAUUCGGAGGCCGUUUAUUUUAUAUAUAUAUAUAUAUAUAUAUAAGAGAGAGAGAGAGAGAGAGAGUUUUAACAAGAAUUUUUGGAUAGGACAACUAUCCCGGUCCUUUUUCGUGUCAUACCUAGUUUUAUCAGAUUUUUUUGAAUAGAGCCGCAGAUGUCCUAUGAAUAAUGAGUUUUGGAUAUGCAAACUCCUGGUUCUUGAUAUUGUUAUCAAAAUGAAAUCAAAGUAUCAUAUAAGGAUUAUAAAGUCUCUAUUUUGAUG